CCUCGAUCGUCGCCCAGACCCCGACACCAGACCGAGCAUGGCCGACCAGCGCGAUCAGCCGAGAGCCUCCGGCAGCCGAGGGCCCCACAGAGAUAUCCCGCCCUCGAGCAGCUCCGGCCGGACCAAGGACGCCGACUCCACUCGCCGCGACCACCAAGACACCGUCGACGAAGCGGCCUCAGCCAGAGCCGAGCCAGCUUCGGAACGAAGCGAGGACGAAGAUGGCUACGAGGUUGAGGCAAUCUUGGACGAGAAGAAAGACAAGCACGGGCGGACUCUAUACUACAUUAAAUGGAAAGGAUGGGACGAGUCGUGGAACGAGUGGAUUCCCCACGAAGACACAUCCUGUCCCGAGCUGAUCGCGGAAUUCAGGCGCUCCAAGCUCAAGAAGCGCAAAAAAGAGAAAAAACUAAAGAGCGAAGACAGCCAAACCCCGCGCAAACGUCGGACACCCGAUAAUGCCGCUGAGGAGCAAGAAGACACCGCGGGUUCGUCCCGGGCCAGCAACGGCGCAACCCAGCAAGCCUCCAAGUCAAAGCCUUCUGCUGCGAUUGUCAAUCGCUGCCGCAAUCCGCCCGAUGAAGAGACGAUGGCUUUGGAUCGACUGCGCCCCUACCCACCCAGCGACUCUGUGUCCAAGCCACCUCGGCCUCCAUCGCCGUCGCCACCAAUGUCCGUCGUCGAAGCACCCGUCCCAGAGCCAGUAGUAGCCGAGCCAAUCCCGGUGAAGGUCUUGACACAGCGGUCCACCAAUAUCGGCGACGCUUUCUACUGCGUCCUUUGGUCCGAUGGCGUCGAAACCUGGGAGCGGAUAAAUCAUAUGAACAAGUAUGUCGACCUCCUGAUUGAGUUUGAAACAGCUGGGCCACGGAAAGAUCGACGCGAACGCACCACGGUUCCAUUCUCUGUAAAUGCGCCGUCUCGACUCGGCGGCUCUGCGGGUUCCCAGCGGCAAACUGCUGCAAAUCCUCUGUCGAAGAAGAGUGCGCCAGAUUCUGUGCAAAAGAAAGCCGACCCAAGGGCCCUGUCAAAGGGGGCGAGUCCAAAGCCCUUCCCAAAGCGAGCCGGCUCUCCUGCAGGCACACCUGCAAAAGCACCGCUUCCGAAGCGUCACAAGUCGCUCCCCAUCAGCUACGAAUCUGAUGACGAGGACCAGGCAGCGCAGGAAAUCAGCGCAGCCAAAGGUCGAAGCCAACGGUCAAGCACCGCAAUAUGGCUGUCGUCUCGGACUCGGAAGACGACGGGGCUUCUCCAGUCAGGUCGAUCGCUGGCCGUGUCCACCAGAACGACCAAUCGUAUUCUGAUGCUUCGAUGUCAAGUGAAGAAUUUGAAGGAAACCGUCGGAUGCUCUUGCUGGAUUCAUCUCAGGAGCAGCCUCGGACAAGUGCCGGCUCGUCCAGACGCAACCCUGCAAAGCUGAAGAAGUAUCAGGCGGGCACCGAGGACCACAUGCGCGUGUGCUACUACUGCAACUCAAGGGACUCGAAAGACGAGCUGGACGUUGUGUAGGAGAUGGUAUCUCCGACGCUGUGCUGCGCGUACUGCGCGUACUGCGCGGCGCAGUGGGUCGUGACCUGUGCUGCGCUUUGCGUUUUCACGCACCGCAGGCAGGCCACCGCAGGGUAUACCUGCGGGUUGCCCCCGUUCCCC